GUGCACGUGUGCGUGUGUAGUCAUAUAAGCCUCGUUUGUGAAGUUUGUGGUCAGUAUUUCAAUGAAAUAAGCGCGGGUUAAUUUUGUUAUUCUCCUGAGUACUUAAAAGUUUGUUUAAAAAUUCCUGUUUGUAAAUUACUAGUAUUAAGGAGCAAUUAAUAUCGAAUGUAAUAGCUGUGGAAACAAGGUAACACGUAAUAGUUAUCAUUAAACACAAUCAUUGGAAAGAUUACUUCAAAAAAAUCUUUAAGAUAAAUAGUAGGAGAUCGUUCAAAUUCUUAAACUUUUGCUUGGAAUUAAUUUAAUGACGAGUACCUAAUUACCAUUACCAUGGAAAAACAUGAUGCAUUAUUACAAAUACAUUUAGAGAGACCUAUUUACGAGCAGGAAACAUUAAAUGAAGAUUAUCACUAUGAAAAGCCUCACAUAUCUGUUGUAAAUGAUGCAAUAAACGCCUUGAGGUGUAAAAAUUGGAAAGCAUGCGUGACAUCUGUAAUUCCGUCGAUAAAUUGGUUGAGGGACUAUCAGUGGAAAGAUGCUAUAACAUCUGAUAUUAUUUCUGGUUUGACUGUGGCAAUUAUGCAUAUUCCUCAGGGCAUGGCUUAUGCACUUCUGGGAAAUGUUCCAGCCGUAGUUGGAAUAUACAUGGCAUUCUUUCCUGUCUUAAUAUAUUUCUUCUUUGGCACAUCUAGACAUGUGUCAAUGGGAACUUUUGCCGUGGUUUGCUUGAUGACUGGGAAAACAGUGAUGACUUAUUCGAAACCACAUGAUAUGCAUAUGAAUGGUACGGAUUUAUUAUCCACUCAUCCUGGAGAAGUUUCAUUUUCAUAUUCAUUUACACCCAUGCAGGUAGCAACAGCUGUUACAUUAGUGGUUGGGAUAUAUCAGAUCAUAAUGUACAUAUUUCAUUUGGGGAUUAUAAGCACGUUACUUAGUGAACCUCUAGUAAAUAGUUUCACCACUGGUGCAGCUGUUUAUGUUUUGAUAUCCCAAAUUAAAGAUCUAUUAGGCAUAAAAAUUCCAAAACACAAAGGAUAUUUCAAACUUAUUUAUACAUUAAUAAGUAUUUCUAAAGAAAUACAGAAUAUAAAUAUCACUGCUGUGAUUAUAUCAUUAGUAACAAUGAUUGGUCUCGUUUGUAACAACGAAUUUUUAAAGCCAUGGGCGAGUAAAAGAUGUAGCAUUCCAAUACCAAUUGAGUUGAUAGCAGUUGUAAGUGGAACUUUAAUUUCAAGAUAUCUUUGUUUACCUGAAAAAUAUAAUAUUCAAGAUGUAGGUAAUAUUCCAACAGGACUUCCAGUACCAGAGGUACCGACACUUGAAUUAUUACAUCUUGUAGCAUUGGACAGUAUUGCUAUAACUAUGGUGUCUUACACUAUAACUAUAUCAAUGGCUUUAAUAUUUGCGCAAAAACUCAAUUACAAAAUUAAUUCGAAUCAAGAACUUCUUGCAAUGGGCUUAAGUAAUGUAUUUGGAUCAUUCUUCUCCUGUAUGCCAGUAUCAGCAUCGUUAAGUAGGUCUUUAAUUCAGCAAACUGUUGGUGGUCGAACGCAAAUAGCUAGUGUUGUAUCUUGUUUGAUAUUAUUGACCAUUCUUUUAUGGAUUGGUCCAUUUUUUGAACCUCUACCAAGAUGUGUUUUAGCAUCAAUUAUUGUAGUAGCUUUGAAAGGGAUGUUUCAGCAAGCCUCUCAGCUGAUAAAGUUCUGGAAAUUAAACAAGUACGAUGCAUUAAUUUGGAUUGUCACGUUUGUCAUGGUUGUAAUAGUGAAUAUUGAUGUUGGUUUACUGUUCGGUAUUAUGGUAUCACUUGGAGUUAUUUUAUUGCAAAGUAUCAAGCCUUACACCUGUCUGCUAGGGCAUAUACCAAAUACAGAUUUAUAUUUAGAUCUGAGUCGAUACAGAUCUGCGAUAGAAAUUCCUGAACUGAAAAUUUUCCAGUACUGCGGUACUUUGAACUUUGCCAAUUGUAAUUACUUCACAUCAGAGUUGUACAGAAUAGUCGGAGUGAAUCCGCAGAAGGUCAUAGAACACGGACAGAAAAUAAGGGAGAACAGUAUUUAUAUUGAUACACAGGAUUCGGAAGACAAACAAGAAUUACGUUGCGUAAUCAUGGACAUGAGCGCAUUAAGUUACAUCGACUCCAGUGGCGUAUUCACGCUACAUUCAAUUAUAAAAAUGUUCGAUCAAAUUGACAUACAUUUCUACCUCGUCAACUGCACGAGUCCCGUUUUCGAAACCAUCAAGAAAUGCGACUUGUAUUUGCACGGUAAACUGACGUUCAAAAUUUUUGCGACGAUACAGGACGCGAAAAUGUACUUGGAGAAAGAACUCCACUCAAGAUAAUAUACGCCUAAACAUGUACUUAUUCUAUCAACGGUGCAAAUAUUUAUGUGAAUAUAUUUUUGUUUUCCUUCUUUAUGUGAUAUUGUUACUAAUUUUAUAAAAUUUGGAAAGGGUAUUAAAAACUUAGAAUUCGUAGUACAUUUGAGAAAGUACAAGUAUGUUUUGAUAUUUGUAAAAAGCUGGAGCACAACAAAUUUGUUUUGUUUCAUGUAAUUGUAGAAAGAAGUAGCAUCAGACGUGUAACACAGAAUUGCUACUUACUUGCUAGCCGUUUAACAACGAAUGUACUUUUUACAAUUAGUACUUCAAUAGUAUUCAUUUAAAUAAGGUGCUACGUAAAUAUUAUGUAUCUGGAGGAACACGACAAUAUUAUUUGUAAUGUGUAUAUUUUUUAAUUGAAGUAUAUAUCGACUGUAUAAAGGAAUAAGAUAAAACAAUCGUUGACGAAUAUUUUAGACUGACAAUGAGUUUAGUAGCCAUAAUUUCUAUGAAUUACUGUACAAUAUACUUAGCCACAUAGAACGCAACCGAACUUCAAGUACCUUUUAACUUGUGAUACUACAUGUACGCUAUAUAACUUUUUUAAAUGUAAAGGUACUUAUAUAAAGAUUAUACGUAUGAAUUGUAUUCCAAAGGCUUUAAUCAAUUAGAAUGUAAAUCAGCAACUGCUUUAUCUUGUCAUGAUCGAGGUGCGCGAAAAGAAAUGAAGCAAAACCGUCGAUUAGUCGAGCAAUCACAGACCAUUUAUUCACAGUGAUCACUCUAUGUACAAAGUAACAGGUUCCGGUUACAAUAGGUAACACACUGUCACUAUUAAGAUUUGUUCUGAUAA